CCAGAUCGUAAAAAUCGUAUAAAAGCGAGAGAGGGUGGUGCGAAACCAUGACACCAGCCUCUUUCGCGGUUGAAGCAAGAAGUCAAAGAAAUCUAACGAGAUAGAAGUCCGACACGAAAACCUCCGCGCAACUACAGCAUGGCCGCUGCGAAAGUCUGGAUGGAACCCACCUCCAGGCCGAGCCGGCCGUUGAGCGCUCUACCGGUCCGGGGCGGGACGCCUUUGACAGGCGGGUACGGAAUAUGGAUUGCAAAAAUGUCUGGGUCUGGAAGAAAGCAACUUGUGAUGCUAUUUUUGGAAUCUAAAAAAAUCUGUAUUGCAUGAGCAGAAAGAGGCGUCCAGUUUUUGCUCCGGGGAGAGAGCAUUUGUCAUGCGUGAUAGGCAUCAAGAUACCCGCAAAAAAUUUGUGAUGCUGGUGCAUACAUCGCAGACAUCACGGGUCAUGCAAAAUGUGCAUGACAAACCUUGCAAUCUUCCAGACCCAGACAUUUUUGCAUUUGAUACGGAAACUGGGGCGUGCCGAGGUACUCACUUUUCUUGCUCAUAUGAUGUGUUUCCGCAUGACAAAGUCGCUGCUCAUCGCAAAAUGAAAAUUUCCUUCCUAGUAUCCUCUACCGAAGGCCGCGAAAUUUGUUUUAAAAUCCCACACACAGCACGCACCCCUCCGGCCCGACCGGGAUAGGCGGCGGGGCAGUGAGUUCCUCUUCCGGGAAGAAUCACUCCAACCCCAACUCCCAGCAGUUCCCGACGAACAAACCCAAUAGCACGGCAAACCAGCUUAUCAAAUGCAAAAAUGUCUGGGUCUGGAAACUUGUGAUGCAAGCCCGUGAACAGUAACUUAACUUUUCUGUAAUGCACCGCCAAGCAUGACAAGUUUUUUCGUGCUCUUGUGCUGCGUAUUUCGCAUGAGAAAUAACUGCGCUUUUGCAUGACAGCCAAGAGGGCCCCUUGGUGGCCACGCAAUACAGAGUGCAGAAUCAUGCCAGACUAGCAUGACAAAUCUUGCAAUCUUCCAGACCCAGACACUUUUGCAUUUGAUACAGCUGAAACAGCGACCUAAAUCCGCUUUGACUCGCCCAGGCCGGCACAUGAAGAGAUCAGGGUCGGCGCACGGAAACACAACUUUGGAUACACUUAUGGGAGUGUCAGGAUCGAAAUCGACAAAGUCGAAAAAUUUGUAAUGCAUAAAAUGUAGGGCCCAUAAGGCCUGUGUUGGAGAGGAGGGAAAUGAGACCGAUUGCAAGCCUGUUUAGCCCUAAACAUUUACUGCCAGAGUAGCAUGACAGGCGCAGUCUUGUUUGCCUAAACAGCAUGACAGACUGGGUUUUGGUGCUCCCAAAAUUUGUCAUGCGCCACUUGGAAACUGAGUCCCCAACUGGUAUCGAUUUUAUGCGUCACAAAUUAUUUCGAUUUUGUUGAUUUCGAUCCUGACGCUUCCAUAACACUGCUUUUCGACGGACUCUUCGCACCCCACCAGUAUGCGAAACACGGCGGUGGUGGAACAACAGCUGCAAACGGAACCCAUCACAACUCCGGCGGUGCGAACGGUUUUAUCUCCGCGUCGGCGAAUAACAUAGCAGCGGUGAAAAUGAACCCAUAUGGAUACCAGUUAGGGAAAACAGCCGGGGGGAAUAAUUACUCAAAUCUGGACAAGAGAAAAAACCCGAUCCGUGGCGGCAUAAAGAACCGAGCGGUCAGUCCUGCGGGGUCUACCGGGAGCGGCGCUGGGGGGAUCAUAAGAGAGAACAGCAAUACAGGCGGGAUAAACAACAACGGGUCUAGAGAACAAAAAAAGCGCACUUCCGCAGAGCACUUUCUCGCGACCAUGAAUAUUCCCGGAAAUCCGCAUAGCAAGCCGGGGAGUAGAGCCGGAUCGAAGCCCAACGCCGGAAUGAUAACGACGCAGCAGCAGAACCAAGCGAAUGUACAGUCGGAUCUGACGAAGACUUUACAGACAAUCAAACAGCAGAUAGAGCGGGAGAAGAUGCGGUUAGCCGCGCCAAACAAGUUCAACAAAUACGACACAAGGAUGAACUGGCAGCAGACGCCGACGAGCGGAGCGUCUGGUGGGAUGAAACAGCGCCCGCAGACUGCCGGUAUGUACCGGACGAGGACGUCUGGUAGUGGUGGCUCCAACACAAACGUCAUCUCCCCCGGCGCCUCCAAGCAAAACAACAAUAACUCCAGCGACCGAAUGCUAAGGGUAUCAAAUGCAAAUAUGUCUGGGUCUGGAAGAAUGCAAGUUUGUCAUGCUUGUCUGGAAUGAGUGUUAAAUCUGUGAUGCAUGAGCAGGAAAAGGACCUCUUGUCUGUCAUGCAAAAACGCAGUUUGUCAUGCGAAAAACGAAACACACAGCAGCGCAAAAACUACUUGUCAUGCUGGGCUGCAUAUUUUAGUGCGCCCACAAUUCGUAGAUUUGCAUCACAAGUUUCCAGACCCAGACAUUUUUGCAUUUGAUAAGGGGAGCUGAACGACCACACAGCUGCAGCUCCGAAACAACGGCAGCGACCAACGACCGCGCAUGUGGACCGGCUGAGAACGGUUGCGGCGAGCGACCCGCGGUUAAAUCUUCACAACCGGGCAGGAGCUUUGGGGAACAACCACACGAGACCAACCUCCGCGCACCCCGCGUCUGCCGCCCAUCACGCGGCACACGACCUGCAGUAUGUGUUGCAUCACGAGCGGCCGAAGUCGGCGUCGGCGGCCUCGAGUAGUCGGCAGGUCAAGGCGGACAUGGUGGAUAGAAGCGGGAAGACAAUACCUUCGACGUUGCUGGAGGGGGGAAGCUAUGUGACCGGGAAAACGAUUGGACAGGGGGCUUACGCGGUAUAAGGAAGUGGUGGUUUUGAAUUUGCAUUUGGCUUUUUGUGAUGCGAGAACUGCAUAAGAAGCGGUGUUUGUCAUGCACCAUUCCGUACACAUUAAUAUCAAACAGUCCGUCCGCGUCUGCACCCACCACCCCUCGGAGAAGAACUACGCGGUGAAAAUUUUCGACAAGACCCGGUCGCACUGGGAAAACCGGAAGAAACUGGUUUACCGAGAGGUGAAAUUGAUGGAAAAGAUCUGCCGGGAUAAUGAGCACAUUUGCAAAUUUCUCGAAUACGUGGACUGUUCCAAUUUUCUGCACUUGUUCCAGGAGCUCGUCAACGGGGGGAAUUUGCGACAAGAGCUCAACAAAAAGCAACUACGGAGAAUAAGCGAGGGGACGGUAUGAUAAAUAGCUAUUUGAAUGAUGUCAACAGGCAUUUCUGACAAACCGCAUUUCGGCUGUCAUGCGGAGUUGGCAAAUAAAAUUGAGAACAUGAAUUUUGUGUACUACCAGGUCCGCAACUACUUUUGGCAAAUCUGCGACGGGAUAGAAUACCUCCAUCACAACCUCGUGGUCCACCGGGAUAUAAAAUUGGAAAACCUUCUGCUCCACCACAACUCCUAUGCAUUGCAAAAGUAUCGUGCUCGUACUAAUCGCAGUCAUGCAAUGCAAGUUUGUUUCUCAAGCCAAAUCCGCAUUACAAAUUUCAUUUUUCACUUUGAGCAAACUUGUCCUGCGGUUUAUACAACUAGUGCGAUGCUUUUGCAUUGCAUAACUCCCACGGCGUGACGAUAAAAAUCGUUGAUUUUGGCUUCGCGGUGAAGCUCCAGACGCCGACGCAGAAGCUGAAAGUCUUCUGCGGGACGCCCAGUUACAUGUCGCCCGAAAUCGUAGCCGGAAAGGAGUUAUGCACUGCAAAUAUGUCUGGGUCUGGAAGAAUCCACGACUUGUCAUGCAGGUUUCCCUUGACCCAGGAGGUCUGCAAUGCACGCCGUAGCAUCACAAGUUUUACAAGAGCUUUGCAAUGCCCAGUCUGCAUGAGAAAUCCCAGUCAACAGAGGUUGCUAAAAAUGAACAGCUUUUGCAUCUCAUGCAUGACAGAUUUAUGUGUGAUUGGCAGGGAGCAUCACAAACCUGAACCAUUCCAGACCCAGACAUAUUUGCAUUUGAUGGGAGUACAGCGGGUUCCAGAGCGACGUGUGGGCGCUGGGUGUGGUACUUCUUGUUGUUCACAACUUUCUCUUCGUAGAAUGUAAUAUGCGAAGUGCGUUAACUCGAAAACUCGAUUGCAUGAUCACCACGACCACGCAUGACAAACAGGAGCUGUCAUGCAUAAUUGCAAUAUAAAAGGUUCUCUAUGUGCUCCUCUGCGGCCGCUUCCCGUUUAAGGCGAACCAGGAACACGAGCUUUACCACAAAAUCCGGCGGGGGCAGUUCUCCCUAGCGGAUAACCACGUAUCUUCCACUGCAAAAAGAGUGAUCAAGGGCAUCCUCCGCGUAGACGGCAACCUCCGACCGGUGGUGUCGCAAGUGGUCAACCACGCGUGGGUGUUGUCCGGAUCCACCGCGGCUAUGGCGGGGCGGCACUCAGAACACGCACAGCAGGAGAGGUCGUCGCAGAAUAUCAGCACGUCAUCGUCGAAAGAGAUAGAUUUGGGCAUUAUCGCAGACAACAGCACGCACAGCAACGGAGUAGUUGCUGGCACCACGGGAGGGGGUUUUACAGAAGGGAUAACUUUGAGUAGACCCAGCAGUGCGGCCGGAGGAGCAAGCACAUCGGGAGCUGGGCCGGGGAGGGUAUCUUUCACAAGAGUCUGAAUUUUGUUUUGCGGAGUUACCUAAUAUGAAGUUUCAUCGUCAUUCUGUCAUGCAUGCUUGCAAUUCUAACUUGUGUAUGCUGUAAUAAGUCCACGAACUACAACUUCUCCAGGUCGACAGUGCCAGUUUUGUCGGUGUCGCUCCGGACACUAUCGAGGGCGAAACACCCCGGCACUACACAAAUAGCCUGUCAAACAGCCAAACGGGGGUCUACGCAGCCACGACGCUCGAUAAGCUAUCCACCGGGGAGUAGGAGGAGGGAGACGCCCUGUUCGACUGCUAAGCAAGCGGGAAGCUGCUUCUGGUCCUGCUGCAGAACCGGAAACGAGAAAUCAAAACUUUUUAGAAAAAUCGCAAUCUAAUACCAUAUCAAAACCGAAGUCAUCUGUUAAUGUUACUAGAGUUACCAAGCUUAAUAUCCAGUUUCAAUGUUACUAGAAUUUUUCGCAAAAAUACAAUCUGCUACUCAACAGCUAAGGCCGCACGGCAAUGGCUCGUUGUAGCAAGUAAUCAUCCUUCAGAACUUUCUGAUUCUGACCAGAACUUUUUACUCUUCAUUACUUCCUUUUGUGGUGCUGGUUGCAAGUAGAGCGAUGAAUUAGUGAUUCAUUCAGACGUAGAUCAUGACAGUAGCAACUGUAUCUUGAAGUUUGGCCUAUGAAUAUUUGCUACAGGGAGCGGGUGGACGAAGGGAACAAACGGUUAAUACAGCGCCAGCACCAUGCCACUUUUAGAGACCACAGUUUUACGACCAGAAAGAAAAGCACGAUAUUAAGCUUCAGCAACCAGGCAGUCGUCUGGAACCACGAAAUUUAUGUCGACCUCCUGCGCUCGCUGCGCCAGGGGGUAGAUGAAAAUAGAAGAUGAAAUAGAACUCCAGUAUAGCUCGGCCAGCUAUAAUUCUUGGGGUAAAUAAGAUUUCAUCGUGAACAACCCAAAACUUUAUGAUCUGUAGGACACGCUGCACACGAGAACUUCAACUUUGAAGUCUCGUCUAUCGAAAUAAGAAAUCUUCAAAAAUGAACAUGUACUUACUUUCUUCACAAGAAACUAUCAACUCCCACGACGUUCCUCAUGUAUUAUUUUGACCUUUAUCCUCAAGCCCAUUUUAUUCUCUCGAAAAAACGCUAUCAUGGGCAGACCUCGGCAGAAGUAGCUAGUUAUGAAAAGAGUUUUCUUCUCUACUUGUCAUAGGUGGGGAGAUAGAAAUUUCGUAUGAACUACUACCAAAAAAUGAACAAUGCUACUGAUGAAAGAACCGUAAGAUGUCAAUUCAAAACGAGGUCGGAAAUAUUGCUAGGAAUUGCUACUGGCAUGGGCGGCAGGAGUGCUAGUAGCUACCUGCGCUGUUUUCUGCUCGUGCAUUCUUGCAAACUUUUGAUGCAUUUUUCUACCUGUUCCAAC